CGGACCACCAGAACGAAUUAAGUUCUUAACCCGAGGUGCCACUUUCAUUUCAUCAGCUUGCAUGCUAGAUGCCAUUUUGGAUCAAGAUGGAGGACCAAAACAUGACUUUGACAGGAAUUCACCUGGUAUUUGGUGUCAUGGGUCCAAACUCACAAAUGACAGUAUCCAUUUAAAAAUCACAAUAUUUGUUGGUUUCUACAAAUUUACGGGAUGAAUCUGUUCCUUGGUACGAGUUGUGGCCAAAAAUAUAUAUAUACCAAAGGAAUACACCUGUCACUGUGUGACAUAUGCAACUGAACUAUUCCUUGCUAUUAAAAUGGCCAUUCUUACAGCACUUUCCCUCCAAAUUACAAUGAACACAACUGAAUGAUCCUUGAGCACUUUGAGCAGAGUGAAGAUCUGGUUAUGUCCAAGGGCAAGUGAAGUUUGCUUCUUGGACUGCUGUUGAAUGAAUCAAUUUAUUUUGGUCGCUGACCAGAGUGUGGGCUGUUCUUUGUUGAGUGUCAAUACAGAAAAGUUGAAGACCUUUCCCAAGGAAACUUUUAGAAAGAGACAGACAAGCAUGAACACAAAAAAGUCUGACUGACUGGUUUCAGACCUUAUGACUGGCAUUCACCACAGCCAAGAGCACAGAGAAAAUCCAAAGAGAAAAGAGGCGAACUCUGCUUUGAGAGGCAGCUCUGCUCCCUGAGAGGUCUCCAGGGUCGGGGAGAGAAAGAGCCGCGCAGCCGUCGGGAUGUGGUACGAGAUCUUGCCUGGCUUGGGCCUCAUGUACGUGUGCCUGGUCAUCCCUGGGGUGAGCACCGCCUACAUCCACAGAUACACCAACGGGGGCAAGGAGAAGAGAAUUGCCCGGAACACCUAUCAGUGGUACCUGCUGGAGAGAGACAAGCGUGUGUCUGGAGUAAAUCGCUACUAUGACUCCAAGGGUUUGGAGAACAUUAAGUGAAACCACGGUGCAGUGAAAGCAACUUAAUAAAUAUGCAUUUGACAAAGUG